AUGGGCUUCAGACAAAUGUCUCUGCUGGAUCGAAAACGCCUUCAGUGGAAACGCGAGAAAGACGAAAUGGCAAAACUGGAUCAAAUAUACUCGCAACAAAAUCACGAAAUGACAAAUGUUAGAAAAUCACUACAGCAAUCUGAUGAUUCGGGUUUUACGAGUGAUGACCUUCACCCGUCAAGCGGAAAUUCCGGCGAAAAUUUAACAAAUCAAAAACAAAUACUAUCUCAAGGACAAACAAAAAAACCAGUGUCUAUUGAUUCUGAUUUAGGACACGAAACGGAUUUUAAAUCAUUCUGCGGACGUUCAAUGACACCAGAGUCAAUCGCGUCAGUUCUCUCAUAUCCACAAUCCAUUAACAGUCGUGGCGUCAAAGAAGAGCGUGCCAAAUGGAAUUUGUAUGACCCAUUUUAUAAAGAUCUUUCGGCAAAAAAUCUCUCAGAUGGCCCGGGAUGGCUAGAAAGGAAUAUGAAAGAUUGCGAAACGGAAUCCAUUGACUCAUUUUCGUUCGUACGAGGACAAAAUACUCCUCUUGAUCCAUCUGUAUUGGCAGCACGUGAAAUGAAACGGAAAAAAGCGCUCGAGCUGCAAGAUGCAAUAAAGCAACAACUGGAAGAGAGGGAAAUGAUAAAGAAAAUUGAGCGUGAAAAGCAGUUAAUGGAGGAAAGAAUCGAAGAGCAAAGAUUAUUGAAACAAUUGCAAGAGGAACAAGAAAGAUUGGAACUUGAGCAACAAAUUCAACGGACACGACAAGAAAAUGAGCUGAAAAAACAAGAAUUGAUGCGUAAAGCCAUCGAAAAGGCCGCCUUAGAGGCCAAGGUGGACAAGGAAAAACGAAGAGGACGCAACUUAAUUAGAACACCAUCUCCUAGUCUUCCCACUGAUAUUCAACAAACGCAUAUUUCUCAGGAACAUGAUAGUAUCUCCCAACAAAGGCAACUUAGUUUGGAUGAUAAAUCAAAGAACAAUUCGGAAGUGAAUCGAACAGAAGUGGAUGCUGACGGUGAGAAAAUUCUAAUUGGGACGCCAAUAAAAAUGAAGAAGAAACAUCUGAAGCACGUGAGAAAACAAAAUUUAACGGAAACAACGGAGGAAUCUACGGAAGACGAGUCUUCGUCCGCAUUAGCCGUCAAAAAGAAGCCAGAAAAACAAGAAGCAACGGAUAUUGAUGGGAUCUCUUUGCAAGUUCAAAGUGUGAUUCCAGUCGUUCCAAUGCCAUUUGCACAAAAUUUCUUCGGUCUUGCACCUCAGGGCAACUUUGGCAAUGUACAAUUGCUUAUGAUUGCCCAACCAAACGCAAUGUUAGCAACACAACCGAAUCCAUUCACAAUGUAUCCCAACUACGGCAUGGCCAAUAUUAAUUCGAUGUCUCCCCAACCUUCGGAGAUCUCCCAAGCUAGCAUCAUUACUAAGAAAGAAGCCGCACAAGAUGACCAAUGCCGCCCAGAUUCAGCUUCCAGUGAGCUACCCAAAAAGGAAACUCAUGUAGUUCCGCAUGAAGGCACAUUUACUAAGGAAAUACUUCCAUGCGACACCAAACUCGAUGUCGCUACUUCAACAAAUGAUGAUCUGCAGUCCAUUGAUACAGUAGUGGAAUAUCAAAUGAGGACUCCAGUGAGGACUCUUGAGGAAGUUUCUAAAAAACCAACCGUCGAAAUCGGUAUACAGACAGAAUUUGAUUGCGAAUAUUGUCAUUUUAAAUUCAGUCAUGAACGAACUCGCAUUAUGUGUCACUCUUCAGUCAAUCACAAGAAUGAACGUCAAAAAUUUCUGUAUGAAAAUGGCAGGACCGAGGAAGAAACAACCAUGACAACAACAACAACUACAAUCGUAAAGAAAGAGAAGAAAUUUGACAGCAUUCAAGAUCGUCCCAAGUGGGGAGUUCGCAUUCCGAAGGUACAGUAUCAAAAAGCAAGCGAAAAAGAUCCGUUUUAUCAGAGAAAUCGGCGUCGUAGGUACUUGAAAACCAGCAAAAGUCUCGAUCAUAACUCAAAAGUCGAUGAGAGUUCUUCAUCUGAAGCACCUCCACGCACACCAUCUAGUCAUCACUCAUUACUUCGCAACAAUAAAAAAGAUUAUUACACUUCACGGAACGUGUGCACCGAGUUAUUACCAAUUAAAACCGAUGGAAACGGCAAAGUUUAUUUCCUCAGAGAAAAAAGUUUCAUAAUCAAUGAACAGAUGCGUUCAAAGCCGGGACUUCAAGGAGUCAUAUCUGAGAAAAUUCUUGAUCGCCGUCAAUAUGAUAAUCAAGAAGAAAAUUAUCAUAGCGAUAAAAAUCAGGAUUUUGACAGCAUUGAAAAUAGUCGAACCUCUAGUGUAGAAUUCAACUAA